AUGACCCUCCUCACGAUGCACAGCCGGCAGAUCAGCUGGACUCUGCUGCUGGUACUAGGAUAUCUCUUUUACCUCCUCCUGGGCGCUAUGGUGUUCCAGUUGCUGGAGAAGCAGGCAGAGGCCCACUCUCGGGACCAGUUCCAGCUGGAGAAGCUCAAGUUCCUGCAGAACUACACAUGCCUGGACAGGCAAGCCCUGGAGCAGUUUGUGCAGGUGCUCAUGGAAACAUGGGAAAAAGGCGUCAACCCAGAAGGAAAUUCUACCAAUCCUAGUAACUGGGACUUUGGCAACUCCUUCUUCUUUGCAGGAACUGUUGUUACCACUAUAGGUUAUGGUAACCUGGCCCCCAGCACAGUGGCAGGGCAGGUGUUCUGUGUGUUUUAUGCCUUAUUUGGAGUGCCACUCAACCUGGCCUUCCUUAAUCAGUUGGGAAAAGGACUCAAUGCUCAUCUGAUUACUCUGGAAAGAUGGGUGCACAAGCCAGGCCGUGCUCAGGUGUUUCAGACGCUGGCAAUGACCAUCUUCCUGACCACUGGGACCUUGCUUUUUCUAGUGUUCCCACCACUGGUCUUCAGUUAUGUAGAAGGCUGGAGCUAUGGAGAAGGCUUUUAUUUCACCUUCAUCACCCUCAGCACCAUUGGAUUUGGGGACUAUGUAGUAGGUACGGAUCCCAACAAGCACUAUAUCCCAGUAUACAGGAGCCUAGCUGCCAUUUGGAUUGUUUUUGGUUUGGCGUGGCUGGCUAUGGUCUUCAACGUGGGAGCUGACAUGAUGGAAAAAUUCCUUCAGCUAAAGUGGCACAAGCCCGACUUAGGCUUGGUAGAAGGAGCUGCCACCAAAUUGGAAGAGGAACCUGAUGGGCCCAGAAUCCAUAUACCUAGCUGA